AUGGAUCAAGUAUCACAGAAGAAUGGACAUGUAGAAGAUGUUGCUAUAUGCUUGGUUGCUGAAGGUCCCCAAGAUCAAAGAAGAUAUAAUACAACAACUGCUGAUGAGGUUGUUAUUCUAAUUAUGAAUAAUGAAAGAGGUUCUUCUAGAGACAUUGUACUGCAUACACAAACCAACCAGCUACAAAAAAUAAAUGAGUAUCAUAGAUCAUAUGAUGCUCUUCAUUAUGUCUUGCUCUUCCCUUCUGAAGACUAUGACCUUAUAGUUUCUGCUAAAUUUCCUGAUCCAGUCACAAAACCCUUGGCCUAUAGAGCUGUCUGCCAUAGUAUACUAUACGGUUCAUGUGAUAUAAGGUACUCAAAGGCACCAUGCAUGGAAAAUGCCAGUAUCAGUACCACCACCACCAAUACCAGCAUUAAUAUGACUAAUAUUCAGCAAGAAGCUGUAAAUGAAGUCAAUGAGUUUCUGGAUGCUUGCUAUGUAUUGGCCUCUGAAGCAUACUGGAAAAUUUUCUUAUUUAAACUGCACCAAGAGCACCCAACCCACCAAAGACUAGCACUCCAUCUUGAAAACUCUCAGCUAAUUUUCCAACUCACUUCGUUUGGUCAAAGAAAAACAAAAAAUGGACAAAACGCAAAACAUCUAACAGAGAAACAAUUGGCAGAAUAUAUAAAAUAUCUCCAAGAGAUCCAAAAAAAAAAUUCUUAA